AUGAACUCUUCCCCGGUAUCCGUAACCUCACUGCCGUCGCCCAAGGUACCCUAUGUCGCGUCUAACGCUAAUAGCAUGAACCCGCCAUCUCCUGUUGCAGGACCGUCAACACUCUCCGCAGCCGCAGCUUCCGAUCGGCCAGGAGCGUCAUCACGAAGAAUGUCGACCUUCCGACACCUGCGGCCCUCUAGCGCCCGCUCCACAUUGUCGUCCUCGCCUCUCAGGCCGACAGAUACCCAUGUCCGUACAUCAUCAAGCACAUCGUCCCUGUCUCGUCCUCUUGAGCUACUGUCGACUUCCAAUACUCCCAGCCAAGCCUCUUCUGUCGCACCGUCGCCUUCCAUCCGUCCGUAUGAUAGAGACCUGCCAGCGCUGCCCACACUAGACACAUCGUCUCGAUCAGCGUCGUCCCACGCAGAGUCUCCUCAGCUGGCUAGCUCCCCGGUCUCUCCAUCUUCAGCUGCGUCAUUUACUCGUGUACCUUCGUCGAGGUCGUCCCCGCAGCCGCGCAACCGAACGCUGUCCCCUGCGCCUGCGCCAUACGCAACGUAUACCCCUGCUUCAUCUCACGCCCACACCCCUUCUAUAGCAGCCUCCCCAUCACUCACUGUCAGUACUCGCACAACUCAUCGCGCAUUAGCACCUUAUCGACCUGGAUUCCAGCCCAAAGGGCUUUAUAGGCCGCGCACAGAUGAAUUCGUCGAGGCGCGUGCAGCUUUCCGGAACGUGGGGCGCAUAGAACGGACCAGGCUUGAACGGAGGCUGGAGAAGCUCAUCAACUUGCACUUUCCUCCAGAAGAGCAAAAGGCCAAGGAGAAGGCUGCCCGUCCUGGAGAUCGGCUGCAAGCUCCUAAGAAACGCCCUUCGUCGAUCUUCGAUAUGGACUUUUCGGAGCUUCGCGCUAAAAGUGCCACUGACUUGUGGAGAGAUGUCGUACAGUCUCAGAUGACUCCUGCAGGAAAGAACGAUAUUCGAGCUGCUGAACAGACGAUCACGCCAUGGGAGGAAGAUGCUUCAGUCUCGCAAUGUCCUCUAUGCUCUGCAACUUUUCAUCCCAUAACAAAUCGCAAACAUCAUUGCCGCCUUUGUGGACGUAUCAUCUGCUCGCUGCCCGUUAAGUAUCCGCAGCGCCCGCAACCUUGUUCUCUGCUUUUCGUCGCAGAUCCCAAGACAGGGCGAAUAGAAGAAGUUGGCGAGGGCGUAGACUAUGGCGUGCGACGGCGAACAACUUCAUAUUCUCAAUUGAAAGGUGGGAGGAUUGACGAAGCACUCACUGAGGAGGAGAAAUUCCUCAAGGGUGUACGGAUAUGCCGAGAAUGUCGACCAGUCCUCUUGAGACAACAGCACAAAUACGAAGUGCAGAACACGCCAAUCUUUUUCAAGCUUUACGAUACAUUCAUCAGCGUGGAAAAAGAAAUUGAAGAUGCAUUGCCACAAUUUCAGGAGCUCAUGCUUAGUUUGAGGUUAGCACCUAAGCAGGAACGACCUGCGCCGGAAGCAUCUGCGGUAAGGAAACGUCUAUUAGAGGCCUUCGGCCAAUACGACGUCCUUGCGAAGCGGAUCCGGCAGCUUCGUUGUCCCCCUGGCAGCUCGCAGGAUCGCUUACAGUCUGCGAUACUCAAUCGAGCCAACUUAUUCCUUCAGAAACACAUGUUUCCGCUCCAGUCACUACCUAAGCCAUCGGAUAACGCCAAAGCAUCUCCUCCCGCUGGCUCAGAGUCGGAGGAGCGCGUGAUCGAUCCAGAUUCCGAGGUGGCGCGAGUGCUGCAACCGUUGUUGGAGCAAGAAGCCUUGCUUGAUUCCUUCAUCGAGGAGGCACAGGCUCACAGGAAAUUCGAGGACGCGAAGACGUUGAAAGUUAAUCUGCAGGAGAUUAGAGCAGAAAUCAAUCGAAUCUUGACGAACGCAGAGGCUGGCAUGGGUGAACAGACAGCUCAAGGGAAGUCUAAGAAGAAAGGUGUAUGA